AUGGGACGCAGCGGCUUGUCGAGCGCGUGGCUCGUCCUUCUCGCCGGCCUCCUCGCCGUCUUCCUGGUCCCGUCGUGCGCGGCGGCGGAAAUCAAGACCAGCACGACCGAGUGGAGCUUCCGCCUCCUCCUCCCCAACAGCGUCACCGGCGCGGAGAGCCUCGCCUUCGACGCACGUGGCCAGGGGCCCUACACCGGCGUCUCCGACGGCCGUGUCCUCAAAUGGGGCGGCAGCGCCGUCGGCUGGACCACCUUCGCCCACCACGCUAGCUACAGGAAGCUCCCGCUGUGCACCGUGCCCGUCGCGCCGUCCGAGGAGACGGAGAGCCUGUGCGGCCGCCCGCUGGGGCUCGCCUUCCACCACAAGUCCGGCGACCUCUACAUCGCCGACGCCUACAAGGGGCUCAUGAAGGUCGGGUCCGACGGCGGAGAGGCCGAGGUGCUCGCCACAGGAGCCGAUGGCGUUCCCUUCAACUUUGUCAACGGCAUCGACGUCGAUCAAGCUACCGGUGACGUCUACUUCACUGAUAGCAGCGUCACGUAUCCACGCAGAUUGAACACAGAAAUAAUGAUGAACGCUGACGCCACAGGGAGGCUGCUCAAGUACAACGCCACGACGAAGCAGAUCACCGUGCUCGAGGACGGCCUACCAUACCCCAACGGCGUGGCAGUGAGCUACGACAGGACCUAUGUCGUCGUGGCUCACACCGUGCCAUGCCAGGUGCACAGGUUCUACCUCCAAGGACCGAAGGCUGGACAUUACGAGCUGCUCGCCGAUUUGCCGGGCUACCCGGACAACGUGAGGCGUGAUGGGAAGGGCGGGUACUGGGUGGCCCUGAACCAGGAGAAGGGGCGGCCGAACACGACCAUGGCUCCGGUGAAGCACCUGGUGGGAGUACGGCUCGAUGCCAACGGCAUGGAGGUGGAGGAGCUCACGGCCGCCAAAGGCGUCACCCUCAGCGAAGUGACCGAGAGGAACGGGACAAAGUGGCUGGGUUCCGUUGAACUUGACUACAUUGGCCUAGUUUCAUAAUUUCCUUACUUGCAUGUUUUUGUUAUUAGGAGAAUCAGAACGUACUGCAAUGCAGUCAGGUUUUGUUAGCAGAUACACUAGUAACAUAAGUUUAUACUUAUAAACUAGA